AUGGCGGAGAGGGCGAAAUCCUCCCCCGCCUCCGGCUGGGGCGGAGUGACCCUGCAGCUGCCCUCCUUCGCCUCCUUCCCCGCAACUUCCGCCACGCCCACUCCGCAGCCCUCCGCGCAGACCCCCUCGACCGCGCUGGCGGGAGUGGCUUCCGCCUUCCAGUCGUUCGGUUCCGCCUUCCAGUCCUUCGCGGGCACCGUCGCCUCCGCCAUUCCGCCCGUGUCCCCCCAGGGGCAGCCGCCGGCCGGCGCGCGGGGCGCUGGGGGGCACGCGGACGGGGAGCGCGUGCAGGAGUUCCUGCAGGAGCUCUCCGCCAAGUCGCAGCGAGGGGUUGGGAGCGGUGAGGAGGUGUACGACCCGGCGAUGCUGACGGACGACAAGAAGCAGUGGAAGGAGCUGCAAUCCGUCAACAGCCGCAACCGCCUAUUGGAAGCCGAUACAUUCAUCGAUCACUUUGUGGUGGUGGGGCUGCAUCCUGAGGCGGACCUCAGCGCCGUGGAGGCGGCCUUCGCGACGCACAAGCGCGGGCAGCUCAACGGCACUGUCAGCGACUCCGUGCCGCCACCCGCUGUCAACCUCGAUGCACAGCUACUGUACAAGUACCCGCCACGCAAGAAGCUCGCCCUCUCGCCCUCCGACCUGCCGGGCUUUUGCUUCCCAAACGGAGUUGAGGCGUACCAAACAGCGGACGACAACGCAUACGUGUUCCUCCUAGCAGUGGACGACAACGCCACGCUGUACGGGGUGUGCAUGGUGGUGCACGAGGCAUAUCAAACAGCGGACGACAAUGCGUACGUGUUCCUCCUAGCCGUCGAUGACAACGCCACGCUGUACGGGGUGUGCAUGGUGGUGCACUCACUGCCUCACUCGCUCCUGUCCCCCUUACAACAGGCGUACCAAACAGCGGACGACAAUGCGUACGUGUUCCUGCUAGCCGUAGACGACAACGCCACGCUGUACGGGGUGUGCAUGGUGGUGCACGAGGUGGUGCAGCGCCCGCCCUCCGUGCUCGCAAUGAACAACGCCCUGCACGGGCCCAAACCCACUGGGUUACCCUCCAAGUACCUUGUCACGGCCCCGCGCUGCUACUGCUUCCUCACGCGCCUGCCCUUCUUCGACCUGCACUUUGAGCGUUAUACAGGUGGUGCUGGAGGUGGUGCAGGAGGUGGUGCACGAGGUGGUGCAGGAGGUGGUGCACGAGGUGGUGCAGGAGGUGGUGCAGUGCAGCGCCCGCCCUCCGUGCUCGCCAUGAACAACGCCCUGCACGGCCCCACCACCAUCCCGUCCCUCCCCCGAAUCCCCCCUCCUUCCAGCAUUCUGGAGCGCCUAGACCACAUGAAGCAGCACAUGAGCCGCAUCAAUGCAGGGGGCGUUCAAGCCAUGCCCCCUCCACCAUCACCUCUGAAUGCCCCACCACCAUCCCGUCCCUCCCCACAAUCCCCCUCUUCAACAUCCUGCACAUGCGGCGCAUCAAUGCAGCACAUGCCAUGCCCCCCGUCCCACACCACCCGUGCAUCAUCUCCCAAUGCCCUUCCACCAUCCCUCCCCCAGCAUCCUGGUGCAGGAGCGCCUGGACCACAUGAAGCAGCACAUGCGGCGCAUCAAUGCAGCACAUGCCAUGCCCCCCGUCCCACACCACCCGUGCAUCAUCUCUCAAUGCCCUUCCACCAUCCCUCCCCCAGCAUCCUGGUGCAGGAGCGCCUGGACCACAUGAAGCAGCACAUGCGGCGCAUCAAUGCAGCACAUGCCAUGCCCCCCGUCCCACACCACCCGUGCAUCAUCUCUCAAUGCCCUUCCACCAUCCCUCACCCAGCAUCCUGCACAUGCGGCGCAUCAAUGCAGCACAUGCCAUGCCCCCCGUCCCACACCACCCGUGCAUCAUCUCUCAAUGCCCUUCCACCAUCCCUCCCCCAGCAUCCUGGUGCAGGAGCGCCUGGACCACAUGAAGCAGCACAUGCGGCGCAUCAAUGCAGCACAUGCCAUGCCCCCCGUCCCACACCACCCGUGCAUCAUCUCUCAAUGCCCUUCCACCAUCCCUCCCCCAGCAUCCUGGUCCAGGAGCGCCUGGACCACAUGAAGCAGCACAUGCGGCGCAUCAAUGCAGCACAUGCCAUGCCCCCCGUCCCACACCACCCGUGCAUCAUCUCUCAAUGCCCUUCCACCAUCCCUCCCCCAGCAUCCUGCACAUGCGGCGCAUCAAUGCAGCACAUGCCAUGCCCCCCGUCCCACACCACCCGUGCAUCAUCUCUCAAUGCCCUUCCACCAUCCCUCCCCCAGCAUCCUGGUGCAGGAGCGCCUGGACCACAUGAAGCAGCACAUGCGGCGCAGGGGGCAUUCAAGCCAUGCGGCGGGGGGGAUUUCACAGCGACCUCUCAACACCCCUCCACCAUCCUGUCUUCCCUCCCCUUAAUCCCCCAACCCCCAGCAUCCUGUGCCGGUAUCCACGCUUGCUCCCGCGCACUCCUUCUCGCGCUCCCCCUCGUCCCGGCGACUGCAGGGCGUGAUGCGGUUGAAAGGGGAGGGGGGGAGCAGGCGGGACGGCGAAGCUUUAAGAGCUUGCGGGGGCUGUCGAAUGUGAAAGGGCUGCAGGGGUUCAUUGCUCAGUUGCAGGCGGAGCACCGUGGGGAGGGGAAGGGGGGUGAGGAGGGGGAGGGGAUGGCAGAAGGGGGGAUUGAGGAGGGUGAGGAGGGGGAGGAGGGGGAGGAGGGGGAGGAGGGGGAGCAGAGAGGUUUUGCGGAGGGGGGCGAGGAGGGGGAGGAGGGGGAGUGGGAAGGCAAGGAGGAAGAGGGGGAUGAGGAGGAGGAGGGGGAAGCAAAUGCGGCUGAGGGGAAUGAGGAGGAGGCGGGGGAGGGUCAGCAUGGGGAAGAGGAAGAGGGAGAGGGAGAAGAGGAGGAGGAAGACGAUGAGGAGGAGGAGGGGUUUUCUAUGCGGCAGGCAACGCGGCGGGGCCGGCUGAUGGUCCCAAAGGAGCUGCUGCAAGCACACGAGGAGGAGAGCCGGCGCGCGGGCGCAGGCAGCAUGUGGCACUCGGAUAGCGUGGGGUACGCGGGGGUGCUGAAGCGGAGCUAUCGCGAGCUGGGGAGGGAGUGGAGGGAAGAGGGCCGCGAGGAGGAGCAGCAGGACGCGGGCAGUAAGGGUGGGAAGAGCCCGAAAGCUCCCAAAAGCCCCAAGAGUGGGAAAAGCCCGAAGAGCCCUAGGAAUGGAAAGAGCCCGAAAGGGGGGAGUGGGUGUGAGGAUGGGGUGGGUGGCGGGGAGGCCGGUGGAGGGGAGGCGGGUGGAGGGGACGAGGGGAAGGUUCGGGCGCCGUCUCGGCGGCGCAAGACAGUGUCGUUUGGGGAAGCGGAUUGGGGGGAGGAGGGUGAGAAUGAUGGGGGAAUGGCGGAGGGAGGUGGAGAGGAGGGAAGGGAGGAGGGGGUGGAGGAGAGUGGGGCGGUGGGGGGAGGGAGGGGUGGGAGGAGGAAGAAGCUGGAGCGAGUGAUGACUGUUGAGGCGGGGGAGGCGAGGAGGAGGGCUGAGAGGGAGGAGGACAGUGCGGUGGAAAAGAGGGCUCACAAAGAGAGGCAGCGCCUGGAGGAUGAGGAGGGUGAGGAGCAGGUAAAGAACGAGGUGGGCAAGAGUGGGAGGAAGAAGCUGGUGAGGCUGAUGACAGAAGAGGUAGGGCAGGCAGGGGGAAAAGGGCGGAGUGGGGGGAAGAAGUUGGUUCGACUUAUGACUGAAGAGGUGGGGCAAGCAGAAGGGAAGGGGGCAGGGGGGAAGAAGAAAUUGGUUCGAUUGAUGACUGAGGAGGUGGGGCAAGCAGCAGGGAAGGGGUCAGGUGGCGGUAAGAAGCUAGUGCGACUGAUGACUGAAGAGAAUGGGGCAUUGGGUAUUGUGGGAGAGGAUGAGGAGUGGGACGAUGAAGAAAUGGUCACGCUGUGGGAAGGGGAGGAGGAGAGCGAGGAGGAGGAAGGGGAUGAGGAGGAGAGUGGAAAGGAGGAGGGCGAAGGCGGGCGCAUGGGGGGCGCGGGAGGGUCGUCUCUGAAGCUGCGGCGAUCCAUGACUGUAGACGACGAUGAUAACCCGUUAGGCCCUUGCCCUUAUAACGAGUACGACAUGCGUGCAGGCACGGGGGCCAGCAAAGCGGUGAAAGGCGGUGGGGAUGGGGCAGGAGAUGGAGGGGGCCGUAAGGAGAUGGAGCGCAAGCCGUCGCUGAAGCUGGCCCGCAGCCUUACAGAGGACUCGGAGGGAGGGGGAGGGGAGGGCGGGGAGCGCGGGGAGGGGGAGGGCGAGGAGGGGGACUAUGGGGCGGAGGCUGUGCGACAGUGGGCUGAGGAUCAUCACAACGACGCGCUCCAAAUCGUGUGCGCAUACCACACCUCCCAGGUCCCCCCCUGCGGCCAGGCCAUGCUCUUCCAUCCGCUGCCCCACCUGCUGCCGCUCGGUUUCUCCCGCAGCGAGCUCGACAUCGACGAGCGCUGCUUCCCACCCCACGCUGACGAUUUACUUUUGAGGGAGCUCAUGCAUGCCGAGGAAGCAGCUGGGGUGGCUUGUUUCGCUGUUGCUGCUGCCUGCCGUGCUCUCAGCCUUGAUAAUAUCCUCACAGUGCUAGCAGCAGUGCUGCUAGAGCGACAGAUCGUCUUCGUCUGCCCCAACCUGAGUGUGCUGUCCUCGGUGGUGCUCUCACUCAUCCCCAUGAUCCGCCCCUUCUCCUGGCAGUCCGUGCUGCUGCCGAUUCUGCCCAGCCAGCUGCUCACAUUCCUCGAUGCGCCCGUGCCCUUCCUUGUGGGCAUGCAGUACAAGACAGUGGAGCUCAAGGACCGAGCCACCAACCUCAUCCGAGUGAACAUUCCCAAGGACAAGGUGAAGGUGCCCACAUACCUGCCGCGCCUGCCAGACGAGGUCGACCUGUACAGCCGCCUCGAGCCCUACCACUCCGCCCUUGCCUCCGUGCCUCUUUCGGACAAGCGCCCCAUGUACCGCACGACCGAGGACCAGGUGGCGGCGGCGGAUGGUUUCCUGCUAACGCUGAGGAGCUACAUCGACACAUUCUGUACCGACGUGCGCAUCCACACCAUCACCAGCGUCAACCAAGGCGGCCAGCGGGUGUCGCUUCUCCUCAAGGAGAGCUUUGUCAACGGCUUCCCAGAGGAUGACCAGGAAUUCUUCCAGGUGUUUGCUUCCACUCAACUCUUCACAGUGCAUAUUGAUACAUUGCUGGCCUCUGAUGAGUUGCCGCAGCGCGUGCCGGAGCUGGUGGACCUGCGCGAGACGAUGGAGGAGGUGGUGCCGGAGCAGCGCGCGCGACUCGCCGAGAUUAAAGCCAAGUACGGCGAUAUGGCCCUGGGUGACGUCACCGUCAACAUGGCGGUGGGCGGAAUGCGCGGCAUCAAGGGUCUCCUUUGGGAGACGUCACAGCUCGACCCGCACCAGCUUCUCGCCCUCAUCGUUCCCCUCCUCCCUCAUCCCCCUUCUCCCCCCUUGCCUCCUCUGCCCCCUUCGCCUCACGCUUUUUCCACCAUUUCGCCUCCCCGCCUCUCCUACUCUUCUCUCCGCCGGUCCGCGUUCCGCCAGGGCAUCAAGUUCCGCGGGCUGUCCAUUCCCGAGUGCCAGGCGCAGCUGCCCUCCGCGCUCGACGGUGGCCAGCCGCUGCCCGAGGCGCUGCUCUGGCUGCUGCUCACGGGCGAGGUGAGGCGCUGGGGAGUGGCUGUAGCGGGGCGAGACGCGGUGUGUCAGGUGAUAUGGUCCCUACCCCCCUCCCUGCACCCAAUGACCCAGCUCUCCAUAGCCGUGCUCGCCCUGCAACGCACCUCCAAGUUCGCAGCGGCCUACCACCGCGGCACGCACAAGCGGGACCUCUGGCGCCACGCACUAGACGACAGCCUGGAUCUGAUGGGCGCCCUGCCCGAGAUCGCCGCGCGGAUCUACAACCGCAGCUGCAAGGAGGGCGGCGCACGGCCGGGCGUGCGGCCGGCAAGAGAGGAUGUGGACUAUGCGGGGAACCUGGCGCACAUGAUGGGGUUCGACGAUGCGAGAAUGGACGAGCUCUUGAGGCUGUAUCUCACCAUCCAUGCGGACCACGAGGGCGGCAACGUGAGUGCGCAUGCCACCCACCUCGUCGGGUCAGCAUUGUCCGACCCCUUCCUCGCCUUCUCCGCCGGCCUUAACGGGCUUGCCGGCCCGCUACAUGGAUUGGCCAAUCAGGAGGUGCUGGGGUGGCUGCACGCACUAAGGGCAGAGCUCGGGGAGAGGCCCAGCAAGGAUCAGCUGGGGGAGCACGUGAGGAGGGGUUUGGCAGCAGGGCGGGUGGUGCCGGGGUAUGGGCAUGCAGUGCUGCGAGUGACCGACCCGCGCUACUCGUGCCAGCGGGAGUUUGCCCGGCAGUACAUGGCCCAUGACCCCAUGGUGCAGCUGGUAUCAGACCUGUACGAGGUGGUGCCGCCCAUACUGCAGGAGACUGGGAAGGUGCAGAACCCCUGGCCGAAUGUGGACGCACACAGCGGCGUGCUGCUGCAGCAUCUAGGGCUCACCAAUGCCAACUUCUACACUGUGCUGUUCGGCGUCUCUCGAGCCAUGGGCGUGCUUUCUCAGCUGGUGUGGGACCGGGCCUUGGGAUUGCCGUUGGAGCGACCGAAGAGCAUCACCAUGGACUGGAUUCAGCAGCAUGCGGCAGACACCGGCUUUAAGGCCAACUCUCACACGCACACAAAUGCCGCCAAGGCUGCAGCAUGA